GUGAUCAACAAUAUGCCAACGUUGGAUACGAUCGAAAUAUUUGGUUAUCCUUUUGAAUCAGACUUCAAAUCGAUGAUAUUGAACGGCGUGCCGUUGGGAGAUUCGGUGAAAGUUAAUUAUGAUUCCGCAAAACAACUUCUGAGAAUCGAAGGAAAGAAUUUGAUAAAUCUGUCGAAUAAUGAGCAAAUCGUUCUAAUGUGGUCAAAUUCGUAA